AUGCUCAACAUCCAGGUCUUUUACGCGUUCACUCUUCUGACCGCAAUCUUCUUUGUCGGCAAGUGUCAUCCCUUACUUCGACGACAGGAUGUGAGACCGCUGUGUCUGGGAUGCGGGAACGAAUGUGAUAAAUGCGAGUUUGGUUAUACAAUAUCAACUCUCUGCGGUAUUCGGGAAUGCCGACGGGGCCCCGGUCAAAUCUGCGGCGGUCCGAGCGAGACUUGGGGCGUGUGCGGUGAGGGAUUGAGAUGCAGUUGCAACCGAUGCUCCGGUUGCAGUCUGGACUCGCUCACGUGCUUUGAGAAUCCUUGCCUGCCGCAUUUGGAAUCACGAAGCCAUCUCGAGCCAUCUCUUGACGGAUUUCCCUUCGAGAGAGUCGCCAAGUAA